AUGAGUGAAUACAACAUCUGUAAUAACUUUAUUUAUAUUUAAAAAAAAAUUAAACUAAUACAAUUUAUGUAUUUCAUUGAAAUUUUGUUGAUUUAAAAAAAAAUUUAUUUAUUUAAAAAAAAAAAUUUGACUUGAAUAACGCUACGAAAAUCCAACAAAAAUGCAAAGAGUCAAAGUCUAUGUAGAUGUCGAGAAUACUGUACCAGACAGGAAACCACGACAGAAAAACAUUGAAAGGCAAGCUUUAGGAGAAAUAAAAAAUACUAUCCUUACAAGAAGCAAAUAUUUAGAACUGAAACAGGGCAUAAAGAAAAUAAAUAUAAAAGACCAACCUAAGCAGAAAACAAAGAGGUCUAUCAUUACUAAAAAGGCAUCCUGUAAGAAAGUAGAAUCCAACGAUGAAACAAACAAAUCACCCCAAAUCACGAGAAGGCGGAGGCUUUCAAGUCUUUUUAGAGUAAGUGAGUACGCCAAUGAUAUUUACAAAUAUCUGCAAAGGAUAGAGGACAAGUAUCCUAUCAGUAGUAAUGCAUGGAUGGAGAUUAGAUUCGGAGAGAAUACACGGUUCGCCCUCGUGGACUGGUUGGUUGAGAUCAAUGAACAUUUCCAAUUCGUUCAUGAAACUUUUCAACUGUGCAUAUCAAUAAUAGACAGGUACAUUCAAGAAGAUUAUUCUUUGAACAAGAGGAAGGAUUUACAAUUGAUAGCGCUAGCAGGAGUUUUCAUCGCUUCAAAAUAUGAAGAAAUAAUCCCAUUGGAAAUAAACGACCUGCUGUAUGUCUGCGACUCUUCAUUAUCAACUGACGAAAUCUUGAAAAUGGAAAUGAAAAUUGUGACAGAUAUGCAAUGCAGCUUUGGUCGGCCAGUACCGGCUCACUUCGUUAGAAGAUAUUCCAAUGUUGCAAAGGCGACAAAUGUAGAACAGGCGUGUGCGUUUUACCUCACCGACGUCGCUCUCAUGUCAUACAAAUUGUGCUACAUGAAACCUUCAAUCAUCGCAGCUUCUGCAUUGUACAUAGCUAUGUGCGUUUCGAAUGGAGAAGUAGACCAGAGUCUAUGGAGUCUGACUUUGAUCAAAUAUUCAACUUAUCACGUACAAGAUUUAAAAGAUUGUUUGAAAACACUUGCCAAGUGUCUAAAGAAGACAAAGUCAUCCAGAUAUCAGGCCAUAGAGAAAAAGUAUUCCAAACAAGAAUAUUUCAACGUCAGUCAAAUUACUGAGCUGCAAACAGUCAUAGACGCACUGGCCCAGUAACGCUUAUCUAGAAUCGAAAUGGCACGAUGAAUGAAAAAGCAAAAAGAGAAACAUUGACCCUUAUCAUAUCACAUAGUGCUAAAAGGGAUACACUAACCCUUAUCAUAGGAAGUAGCGCAAAAGGAGAAUUCCUUAUCAUAGAAAGUAGCGCAAAAGGAGGUACAUUAAUUCAUAUCAUAGCAAGUAGCGCAAAAUGAGAAAUCCUUACAAUUGCAAGUAGCGCAAAAGGAGAAACACUAACCCUUAUCAUAGAUGGUAGAAAAAGAAUGCAUAGGGUAUUAGAGGGAAAACGGAAAUAAGAGUAGAAUAUAGAAUAAAAAUAUUUUAAAUA